GUAAGAAUGUUCAGCAAGCGCUUCAUUCUUUUACUGAUAAAUAUUUGUCUCUGUUCGUCGGAGCUGACUAUUUCACCCAGUAACGACAUUAAGAUAAAUGAGGGCGAAAAACUGGAAAUAAGCUGUACAGCUUCGGAAGCAGUCGAUUUUAUCUAUCCAAAACAUAUCGAAGGCGUGAUUACCAGAUCAACAGCAGAAACUUCUGACGAACGAGUGAAUGGAUUGGCUAAGUUCAUAUUAAAAAGGGCUAAUCUAGUUUUUGGAGACAGUGGAUGGUACGGAUGUGUCGAAAAGAGCAAAAACCAACCUGAGCCUAGUUUUGGAAGCCUUGAUGUAACGCCAUACAACUAUGAUAAAACCGAUGUAAAAUGGAUCUACGUCACUGUAAAUUCAACUCAACACUUGUUACAUGACAUUCCAUUCUUAAGUAAAAAUGCCAAUGGUGAGUAUGUUUUAUUGAAAAAAGAGGAUGAUGAUGUAAUUCUGCCUUGCCGAUUAACUUCUGCCGACUAUUCAGUAAAACUUUACAAUUCGAUUGAUAAUACUCCCAUUGAUUCAUUUGAGUACGAUCCAAAAAAAGGAAUAACUCUAAAAAAAAUUAAAAAAGAUAGUAUUUUACAAUACAACUGUCACGCAGAAAAAAAAGAUGGAACAAAGUCAGAACCAAAGAAAUUUAAAAUCGAGAUAAUAGAUUUUUCGGAAAAUCCUGUAAUCACCAGCAAUGUACUUUCUUUUAUGGAGAUCGGUAGAAAUUUCAGUAUGGAGUGCACCAGUCUUGUUUCAAAAUACGAAUCCUACGUUCUUGAUUGGACUGUCCCUCAAACUGAUCGCAUAAUCAAGACUGUAAGACCGAACUCGAACGUGACUGUUGGAAAUGAAAAAUUAAGUUACCAUCGAGUGAAUCUUCAAUUGACGAUUAUAAAUGUUGUUAAAGAAGAUUUUGGUAAUUACGAGUGUCGGCUUUAUAAAUAUGCGUCCGUAGAAACAGCCAAGAUCAAUCUAACACCCCAUGAACAAAAGCACGUAGAAAUAUCGUUGAAAGGUUCCAACAGUGUCGUAAUCGAAAGCGGUGCUCCAUACACGUGGAUACUUGACAUCAACGCAUACCCUCUGCCUGAAUUACACUGGGUUCACCCUCAAGGAAAUAGCAUCCCUCUACAAGCCAAAUUUAGAAGUUUCCAAGUAAAUGAUGAAAAAUUUUCGUUAGAUUUUACGAAGACCCAAUUCACUAUCGAUGAUUUAGGGACACAUACUAUCGUUGCUAAAAGUUCAGACAUACAAAAGACGGUUACUUUCAAAGUUUUGGCCCACACAUCACCGAAAGUCAUGGAAGUCAAGCAGAAUGAAGCGUGCUUAGCAAAAGAAGCAACGAUCUUUGAGUGCCAGGCCAAAGGUUAUCCUGUGUCAGAAAUAACCUGGAAUUGUGUGGAUGAUAAAGGUGUUAUAGAAAACGAUGCUGAAUUCAUGGUUCUUAAAACAGACCCCAAAGAAUUUGAAGUAUCAUCCGUUGUAGAGGUGAAAAAAUGCCCGCAAAGAUCCGUAGUUUGUAAAGCGCACAAUAAAAACGGAGAUAAUUCUAUGACAAAACAGAUCAGUAAUCAAGCGCCUGCUCAAGGAACUGAUCAGUCUGGCAGUGAUGGCUGUCCGUUAGUUGAGAAACCCAAGAAAAAUGAAAAUGUUAACCCUCCGGGUGGUGACUUGUCACAAAAAAAGACCGAAGUUUUACCUAAGAUCGUAGAAAUAGAACCAAUUAAGAAGACGUAUAAGUUAUUCGAAACAGUAAAGUUAUCAUGCCAAGCAUCAGGAGAACCUAGGCCGACUAUAACAUGGGAAUAUUGGAAUCACCACAAUGAGCUCGUACAAAAUGUAAAGAAUACCUCUGAGGACCCUAAAGCAACUUCUGAUGAAACUUUAGUGACAUCGGUUGCAACAAUCCAAAUCGUGACGCCUGGUCACGUAAAAUGUAAAGCAGAGAACAAGCUUGGAAAGGAUAGUAAAGUAGAAAAAAUCGAUAUUGAAACUUCUCAGAUUGAAGGUCAACAUUCUAGCGGUCAACCUCCAGCGGCUACUAUCCCAGUAACAGGUGGAAAAGGCCCUACCAAUUCAGUUGUGGAAGCAACAACAAAAAAGGCAGAAGCUUCUCAGAUUGAAGGUCAACAUUCUAGCGGUCAACCUCCAGCGGCUACUAUCCCAGUAACAGGUGGAAAAGGCCCUACCAAUUCAGUUGUGGAAGCAACAACAAAAAAGGCAGAAGCUUCUCAGAUUGAAGGUCAACAUUCUAGCGGUCAACCUCCAGCGGCUACUAUCCCAGUAACAGGUGGAAAAGGCCCUACCAAUUCAGUUGUGGAAGCAACAACAAAAAAGGCAGAAGCUUCUCAGAUUGAAGGUCAACAUUCUAGCGGUCAACCUCCAGCGGCUACUAUCCCAGUAACAGGUGGAAAAGGCCCUACCAAUUCAGUUGUGGAAGCAACAACAAAAAAGGCAGAAGCUUCUCAGAUUGAAGGUCAACAUUCUAGCGGUCAACCUCCAGCGGCUACUAUCCCAGUAACAGGUGGAAAAGGCCCUACCAAUUCAGUUGUGGAAGCAACAACAAAAAAGGCAGAAGCUUCUCAGAUUGAAGGUCAACAUUCUAGCGGUCAACCUCCAGCGGCUACUAUCCCAGUAACAGGUGGAAAAGGCCCUACCAAUUCAGUUGUGGAAGCAACAACAAAAAAGGCAGAAGCUUCUCAGAUUGAAGGUCAACAUUCUAGCGGUCAACCUCCAGCGGCUACUAUCCCAGUAACAGGUGGAAAAGGCCCUACCAAUUCAGUUGUGGAAGCAACAACAAAAAAGGCAGAAGCUUCUCAGAUUGAAGGUCAACAUUCUAGCGGUCAACCUCCAGCGGCUACUAUCCCAGUAACAGGUGGAAAAGGCCCUACCAAUUCAGUUGUGGAAGCAACAACAAAAAAGGCAGAAGCUUCUCAGAUUGAAGGUCAACAUUCUAGCGGUCAACCUCCAGCGGCUACUAUCCCAGUAACAGGUGGAAAAGGCCCUACCAAUUCAGUUGUGGAAGCAACAACAAAAAAGGCAGAAGCUUCUCAGAUUGAAGGUCAACAUUCUAGCGGUCAACCUCCAGCGGCUACUAUCCCAGUAACAGGUGGAAAAGGCCCUACCAAUUCAGUUGUGGAAGCAACAACAAAAAAGGCAGAAGCUUCUCAGAUUGAAGGUCAACAUUCUAGCGGUCAACCUCCAGCGGCUACUAUCCCAGUAACAGGUGGAAAAGGCCCUACCAAUUCAGUUGUGGAAGCAACAACAAAAAAGGCAGAAGCUUCUCAGAUUGAAGGUCAACAUUCUAGCGGUCAACCUCCAGCGGCUACUAUCCCAGUAACAGGUGGAAAAGGCCCUACCAAUUCAGUUGUGGAAGCAACAACAAAAAAGGCAGAAGCUUCUCAGAUUGAAGGUCAACAUUCUAGCGGUCAACCUCCAGCGGCUACUAUCCCAGUAACAGGUGGAAAAGGCCCUACCAAUUCAGUUGUGGAAGCAACAACAAAAAAGGCAGAAGCUUCUCAGAUUGAAGGUCAACAUUCUAGCGGUCAACCUCCAGCGGCUACUAUCCCAGUAACAGGUGGAAAAGGCCCUACCAAUUCAGUUGUGGAAGCAACAACAAAAAAGGCAGAAGCUUCUCAGAUUGAAGGUCAACAUUCUAGCGGUCAACCUCCAGCGGCUACUAUCCCAGUAACAGGUGGAAAAGGCCCUACCAAUUCAGUUGUGGAAGCAACAACAAAAAAGGCAGAAGCUUCUCAGAUUGAAGGUCAACAUUCUAGCGGUCAACCUCCAGCGGCUACUAUCCCAGUAACAGGUGGAAAAGGCCCUACCAAUUCAGUUGUGGAAGCAACAACAAAAAAGGCAGAAGCUUCUCAGAUUGAAGGUCAACAUUCUAGCGGUCAACCUCCAGCGGCUACUAUCCCAGUAACAGGUGGAAAAGGCCCUACCAAUUCAGUUGUGGAAGCAACAACAAAAAAGGCAGAAGCUUCUCAGAUUGAAGGUCAACAUUCUAGCGGUCAACCUCCAGCGGCUACUAUCCCAGUAACAGGUGGAAAAGGCCCUACCAAUUCAGUUGUGGAAGCAACAACAAAAAAGGCAGAAGCUUCUCAGAUUGAAGGUCAACAUUCUAGCGGUCAACCUCCAGCGGCUACUAUCCCAGUAACAGGUGGAAAAGGCCCUACCAAUUCAGUUGUGGAAGCAACAACAAAAAAGGCAGAAGCUUCAGGUCCUGUAUCCGAGAAGCCUGAUAGUAAAAAUAAACCAGCUAGUACUGAACAGGCGAAGCCUAAAGCUAAGCCAGAAGAUGUUGAUCCGUUCAGCUUAGGCACAGAUGACCAAAAAAUAAACGCAACUAAAGGAGAUACCGUUACUAUGCAUUGCAACGCAUCAACUUCCAUAUUCGGCGAUGAUAUCAAAUGGUACAACACCUCUAAUGUCCUUGCAACUAGUGGGAAAGUUGAGAUCAAAGAAACCAAAGAAAGUCCUUUGCAUUCGUCGCAUCUCACUAUAAAAGACAUCCAGUUAUGGGACAAAGGUGACUACUCUUGCGAAGGAACAAAGAGGGACGGUUCUGCUGUUAGAAAAAUUUAUCACGUGCACGUCAAUGGUAGCCUCUGCUGUGUUCUCUGCUUCAGUUAUCUUGCAGUUAUCGAUAAUAUUGCUGGCAUAUUUUAUGUAAUUGCUGUCAUUCCAAGCAGUGGCUGCUUACACUCGAAGUUGUGGAUAAAAAUUCCGAUUUUUCUUUCAGUCUGUUUAUCAGAGCUGACUAUUGCACCCAGUGGCGACAUUGAGGUAAAUGAGGGCGAGCCAUUAGAAAUAACCUGCACAGCUUCGGAAGAAGUCGAUUUCUUCUAUCCGAAAAAUAUUCCAGACUUGGCUGCCACAUCAUCAGUAUCAAUUGUUAAUGAAACAGAAAAUGGAACGUCAAAGUUCAUAUUCAAAAGGUCUAAAACUGUUUUUGGAGACAGUGGAUGGUAUGGGUGUGUCGAGGCGAGUAAAAACCAACCGAAGCUUGAUCUUGAAGAAAGUGAUGAUGUUCUUCUGCCUUGCCGUCCGACUUCUGCACACUACAAUGUUAAAUUUUACUCUCUUAAUAAUAGUAAGCCCAUUGAUUCAGAGUACGAUCCAAAAAGAGGAAUCAUUAUCAGAAAUAUUCAAAAAGACAGUCCUUUGAACUACUAUUGUCUUGCUGUAGGGAACAACGGCGUGAUGAAAGAGAAAAAAGAAUUUGUUAUUAAGAUUACAGGUGAAACUCCAGCCGAUAAAGUACCGAAAUUUUCCACCAAAGGGCUCACUCAUAUGGAAAUUGGCAAGAAGUUCAGCGUGGAAUGCUUAGUGAGAUUCUGGAAUCACAAUAAUUACUUUCUAGAUUGGGUGACUCCCAGAUCGACAAGCUGGACCAGUAAGAACUUGACUACUAUCCAAAAUUAUAGUUUUGAAGACAGGAUUUUAGACAAUCGGCUAGUAUCCCUGGAAUUGACGAUUGAAAAUGUGGCCUCUGAAGAUUUCGGCGAGUAUCAGUGCAGGCUCUAUGAAUAUGCUUCUGUAGUAACAGGAAAAAUAAAUUUGCAACCACAUGCGACACCGAUCAUCAUCGAAGAAGAAGAAGAACAGAAGCAGACAACAUAUUCCACUAAUGACGUUGCAACAUUUCAGUGCCGAGCUAUAGGUGACCCCGAACCAGAUAUUACACGGGAGUAA